AUGGCAGCGCCGUUAGGCAUCUCACCGCCUUCUCAUGUGCUCUUUGCGGAUGACAUUAUGGUGUUCUUGCAAGGUAAACCUUCUCAUCUGCGGAACCUGCUAUCUUUUAUGGAUGAGUAUGCUCUGAAUUCUGGCCAGGUUAUAAAUAAAGCAAAGUCUCAUUUGUUCCUUGGGAAGCAUGCUUUGUUGAGACAAAACAUGAUUAGUCGGCUAUUGGGGAUUAACGUGGGUAAACUUCCGUUCAUUUAUCUUGGAGUUCCAAUUUUUACUGGCCAUCCGAAAUCUGAGCACCUUGCUUCUAUAGCGGACAAAGUGAGAUGUAAGCUAAGCUCAUGGAAGGGUAGGCAAUUAUCUCAAGCAGGUAGACUACAGCUUAUCUCCUCAGUGAUUCAUAGCAUUUUGACCUACAGUUUUCAUGUUUACGAAUGGUCCAAGUCACUGCUCAAGAAAGUUCAAAGAUGGAUCAGGAACUUCUUUUGGAAUGGGGACCCUCUCAAGGAUGGCUCUGCCCUUAUUGCUUGGAACACGUUUAUAAAUAUGGGUCUGCAACCAUACUCUUAUUAUAAAAAAUCUUCAGUUUGGCUAGGUCUUAAGAAACUAUGGCCAACGUUGCUGGAGGGGGUUCAAUGGCUAGUUGGUGAUGGUAAAAGCAUUAGAUUUUGGCGUGACAAUUGGUUGGGGGAGACCCUUGUUACUUCACUCAAUUAUGAUCAGGAGGUCCAUGAAUUAUUGAAUGACAAAGUGUCUUGCUUCAUUAAGAAUGGCCAGUGGAACUUACCGUCUAGCUUCUGUCGCACGUUGCCUGCUACAGCUCAGUCCAUCCGCUCAAUUGAGCUACCGGUAGAGCCUACCUCUGAUCAGGUUGUCUAG